AUGCCUGCUUUCUUGGCAAAAAUUAUUCCUGAAGAUAUAUCGAUGAUCCGUCAAACACCUUCGAAACAAGCCGAGUGGUCUCCGCCCUCCAAACGAUGGAAGCGGACAUCGAAUUCGUGGCGGCGCCAUGUCAGAGGGAAAUCGAUGCCUACAUACAAAAUAACUAAGCAGGUCUUCGCUCUACGCUUCGGAAUUUUGACGUACCGACAGAGUCCGAUUUUGAGUGGUUCAGAGAAGAAAAUGUUCAGCUUGUUUGGAAAUGAACCCGUCACAAUUACCCGAAAGGAUCAAACCCUCAAAGGUGAAUAA